AUGACCGGAGGAUUUAAAUUGCUUACUUCAGGCCUUGCUGCUAUAGAAACUAAACUUGGUUGGACUCUUUUUGGGAAAAAUGGUAUGCGUGAGAUCUCGGACAAUUCCGCACUGCUCGUCACAUCCAUGUUGAAUAAGGAAAUAUUGAUAUCCGAUCUAUGGUCUCUAGAUUCACUUGGAAUUCUAGAUUCCUCAGAGAGAAAAAAUAAACUGGAACUUCAAGAAGAGGCAAGAGAUCAUUUCUUGUCUACUGUAAAUGUGAACGAAGAGGGACGUUUUCAAGUCAGCUUGCCAUGGCGUGAUAACCAUCUACCGUUAAAAGAUAACUAUGACUUAGCUGUAAAGAGAUUAGCUUCUACAGUAAAACGACUAAAAGCUGAGAAACUUUAUGAUGCUUAUGGAGAAGUUUUUAGUGAAUGGGAACGAGAAGGCGUCAUAGAAGAAGUACCAAAAAGCGAAAUUGAUGUAACAUGCCAUUAUCUACCACAUCGACACAUAGUAAAAGAAAACAGUACUACACGAAUCAGGCCAGUGUUUGAUGCCUCGGCCAAACAGAAAGGAUCACCUAGUCUCAAUGAUUGUCUAGAAAAAGGUCAGAACCUUAUCGAACUGAUUCCUUCAAUUCUUCAUAGAUUCCGAAUGAACAGAAUAGGAGUUUCUGCAGAUAUACGAAAAGCAUUCUUACAAAUAAGUCUCAACCCUAAGGAUAAAGACUAUCUAAGAUUCUUAUGGUAUAGAACUGAUGGAAAACUGAAGUAUUACAGGCAUUGUAGGGUAGUAUUUGGAGUUACAAGUAGCCCUUUCUUGCUAGUUUCUGUAAUUCACCAUCUUCUAGAAUCCACUUUGAAAACAACUAAAUGGAAACCCAAAGUAUAA